AUGUUUACGAAUCCGUCAAAAUGUUUGAUGCUAUCGGGAGAUUAUUACCAUGAUCCAUUUAUCGAGGAACUGGCAUCGAAAACACCGAAUCAGAUUAUAGUCCGAACACAACUGUCCCAUACAAACGAUAUACGUAUGUCGUUUGGCCAACAAAUCAAUUCAGCCGAUUGUGUGGCCCGAGUGUUACGUCAUGUCCAGGAAAUUAUCAACGAUACUAAUAUAUUGCAAACAAACUAUACAAUUGUCUACAAUAAUAAACAUAGAAAAUGGAAAUAUACUAAUGAUGAUAGUUUAAUAUCACAAUUAUACGCUACUAAAGAGUUUGGAGAUAUCGGUGCCUCUGAUUAUGAUAAGCGAUGGGUUGCACUGAGACGUGUCGGACACAAAGCUAUAGUAAAUUAUUCAACAAAUAACAGAUACGUUCAAACAGUUUGCGAUUGCGUUGAUUCAACAAUACUUGCGAUCAGCGAAACUGAAUCUGUAAAACCAUUUCAACCAAACGGUUAUCUAUUUUUAAUGUCAAUGAAUAUCAUAAACAAUACACUGUUUAGAAAAUCUAUUGGUCUAACAGAUGAUGAAUAUUCGUUAACAAAAUUAUUUUCACGCGAUAUUAUCAGUGAAUUGGGUUCAUUGCGUAUACUAUUGGACGUAUCGCCGGUGUUUAGUUGGCUAUUGCCGGGUACGGCCAACAAACUGUUGGAUCAUAUCCGACAGUUCAAUGAUUUGUUAGCUAAUAGUAGUGAUAACGCGGGAACGGCUAGUAGUAGUAGUAGUAGUAGUAGUAGUGAUAAUAACAAUGACGAUAAUGUCGAUCUAUGCGAUUCGCUAAUACAGGCCAAACGGGACGGUAUACGCGAUAAUAAACAGUGGUCACAAUAUUUAACCGAUAAAAAUCUAUCGCUAAUCGUUUCAAACCUGUACGAUACGGGUGUCCUGACGUUUGACGACACUACCCAAUGGAUGCUACUGUUGAUGACAUACUAUCCCCGAUGUCAGCUUAGGUUACGCACUGAAAUUAUGGAUAAUAUUGGUGGUCGACAACGAUUGCCCAGACAUGACGAUCGACAACAAUGUCAUUAUGUUAUGGCAUUUAUUGCCGAAACGUUGCGUUUUGUUAGUCUAUUCAGUUUCUAUCAUAAGUCUAUGGAAAUAAGUACUAUAGACAAGUAUACCAUACCUAAGGGUACAUCAUUGAUUAUCUAUCUACGCUAUAUAAUGCACAAUAAAACUAACUGGCCAAACAGUGAUCAAUUUCAACCGGAACGUUUUAUCGAUCCCGAAACCGGCCACUAUAUGGCCAAUCGUUUACCACAGUUUGUACCGUUUGGUAUAGGUGCCCGACAGUGUGUGGCCGAAAAAUUGACAAUUGCCGGCCUGUUUCUAGUUUGUGUCAGAUUUAUACAGUCUACCAAACAGAUAGUAUUGUCCGAUAGUCAGGGUAUUGGCGGACAUCCCGGUAAUUCGGAACGAUAUGUUCCCUAUCCCUAUAAGCUAGUAAUUGAGCCUAAUUUAUAA